UCGUAAUUACCUCACUACAAAACCAAAGUAUAUCUGAGUAAAGAUACCAAACUCGAUCGAAAAAGAGAGAUCCAUUGAAGCCAAAAAAAAAAAAAAAAUGGCAGAAGAUUUAGUAUUGGAUACAGCAAUUAGAGAUUGGGUAUUAAUUCCAUUAAGUGUAGUUAUGGUUUUAAUUGGAGUACUUCGUUACUUUGUUUCUAAGCUAAUGAAAGGUUCUUCUCAAGUGCCUGAUCCUAAAAUUGUCAAAGAAGGGCAAGUGAUAAUUAGGGCAAGGAAUUUGAGAGCUGCAGCGAAUUAUAUUCCAGCUAAAUCGUUUCGUGCUAGGAAAGUUUAUUACAGCAACGAGGAAAAUGGAUUACUAUAUGUUCCCAAGGGCCAAGCUCCGAACCCACAGGCACAAAUGUUCUCUGACCCGAACAUGGCUAUGGAUAUGAUGAAGAAGAAUUUGUCAAUGAUAAUUCCCCAGACUCUUACUUUUGCAUGGGUCAACUUCUUCUUCUCUGGGUUUGUAGCAGCAAAGAUACCUUUUCCAUUAACUCAGAGGUUCAGGGCCAUGUUGCAAAAUGGCAUUGAUCUAAGCACAGUUGAUGUCAGUUAUGUCAGCAGUCGCUCAUGGUAUUUCCUCAAUCUUUUCGGAUUAAGGGGUUUGUUCAGUCUCAUUCUUGGAGAAGAAAAUGCAACUGAUGAUACUCAACGCAUGAUGCAAAUGAGCGGAUUUGGUAUGGACCCCAGCAAGACUUUGGGAGCAGAAAAGGACGGAUUAGAUAUCGUUCAGCAUGAUUGGGCGCUACCUAAAUUUGAGCAACGAGCUGAAGCAGUCUUACGGAAACUUGUGAAAUGAGGAUCUUCUUUGUAUUAUUUCAUAUUUGGAUAUGCAGCAUUUUGCUUGCUGAUCGAGCUUCUUCUCGAUGCAUAUGGUCAUCGUUGCUGAAGGCGGGCUACAUUGUUUAAGAGCCAAGAUGCUUGUCAUAGUAAAAUUUAUCUUCAGGUUGUUUUCUCUUGACCAAAGUAGAGAUUUUGCUGCCACUUCUCACGUAAUAGUUCUGAAAAUGUGCAAAUUCUCCAUAACUUUGGAUGCAAGUUAGUAAUUGUAACCUUUGAUGGAUUAACCAUUUUGCUUGUUAUUUA